CCAAUAUGAAUAUAUAUCGUAUACAAAAUACAUUUAAUCAUUCAUUCGUAUGUACGAAACUACGAACCCAAGAUUCAAGAAACACGCCAAUCUAUUCAGUGUCGCACAUUUCACGCACUUUUUUGUGUUUUCUCUAUCUCACGUUAUGGCCUCUUCAGCUCACAAGCACCACCACCUCUUCCCCAACCUCCACGGAGGAGCCACCACAGCACCACCACCAACUCCCUCGGCUAACCAAACCUCCCUCCUUUCUACUUCCGACGCCGCCGACGCCCUUUCCCGCCUCCUCCACCGCCUCCCACCAAACCUCUCUCUCCCCACUAACCGCCGUUCCGCCACCACCUCAUCCUCCUCCCCCGCCGCCACGUGUCCUCCCUCCAUAUCCCUCUCUGACAACAGUACGGACAUCCUUUCCUCCUUCUCCCAACUCGGCUUCGUGCAACUCACCGAUCACUCAGUCCCCUCCGAACUCGCCACCUCGGCCGAGUCGGAAUCGCUCGCUCUCUUCAACCUCCCUCGGGACCAGAAGGAAUCUUCCUUCCCCAAGAACUGGCCACUCGGAUACGAACGCGAAGAAGAAGACGAAGACAAAGACGAAGACGAAAACGACGAUGAACUCGGACUCGGAAUCGGCGAGUCAUUCCGUCUUGACUCGUCCUGCUCCACCGAGUCAUCAACCGAGUUGAUUCUGUCAUCUCUCCGCGAGUUCUCACUCUCUCUUGAAAAACUGGGCCUGAAGAUCAUCGACGAGUUAAUGAAAGGUUUGGGCCUAGAAAACCCGAUCGGGAAUGACCCGACCCGGUUGUGUUCUAUCUUAUGGAUUUCAGAAGAUCGGCCCGGAAAUAGACCCGAAUAUUCGGGCGGGUUUUACCCGUAUGUGGUGGCCUUGCAGUACCAGAUAAGGCGAGAGAAGACGUAUUCAUUGCUCUCGGAUUCGGGUUGGGUGCACGUGGUGCCGCACGUGGACUCCAUCUUGGUCACUCUUGGAGAUAUUGCUCAGGUGUGGAGCAAUGGGAAGUUGAAGAAAGUGAGAGGAAGAGCAAUGGGGGAAGCAAAAGAGUCACGUUGCAUCACAAUGUCAUUGCUCAUAACGCUUCCUACAGAGACCACUGUGGCUCCUCUUCUUUUUCUUGGCAACGAAGACCAAAAGGAAGAAAGCGAUGAAGAACGUGAGCGUGUGUUUCACUCUUUUGACUUUGAGGACUAUGCUUGGAGAGUCUACCAUGAACGCCUCCUUUUCAAAGACCCACUAGAUAGGUACCGUCUUAAUUAAAUUAAGCUGGAUUUUGGUUACUGUCCUGAAAUAGAGAUAAAAAGUGAGACUAAUUAAAAUAUGGCCUCAAAAUAAAUAUGAAAAAACCAAUAAUUAGGUAACAAUGUCUCGCUAUCUCCAACGUUACUAUUUCAGGCCAGAUACCAAAAACUAGCUAUAAGUUGGAGUUGUCUUUUCCCAUCUUAUAUAAUGAUUUUUUUGGUUCAAGUCCUAAAACAGGUGGUUUUUUUUAUUUAUUUAUUUUUAAAGCAAUUUGUGUGCUUGUGUGAGGUAUGAGGGUUUUUACCUUUUUUAGUUUGCUUUGAAUUUUGGUUGGAUGGUGAAGGAAAAAGAAAACAGAAAUGAGAGGACUUGGUUGUGAUGAGAUGUAUAUGUUCCAUUUAUUUAUUUAUUGGAUUGAUUUUGAAGUAUUUUAGGAUCU